AUGAUUGUAUUCCGAAAGGGAAAGAAUAUAUUCUUUUGUUCGAAUUGGAAUGACAAUACAUUCAGGAUUCUCCCAAGUAUUUCAAAAAAAUAUGUUUGUAAUUUAUUGCCCAAUUGUUUAAACCCCAAUUUUAAAAGGAAAUAUUUCACAACUAGCCAAAAUGAGGAUAUUUUGAAAAAAAAAAAAAAUUGCAACAAUGAUAACAAUAUAGCUAGCGAAAAUAACAAUAUAGCUAGUGAAAAUAACAAUAUAGCUAGUGAAAAUAACAAUAUAGCUAGUGAAAAUAACAAUACCGAUUAUGACAAAAAUUUAUUUGUAGAAGAACUUAAUAAUGUCUUUAAGGAGUUUCCAUUAGAAAAUAAAAAUAAUCUAAGUAAUGAAGAUAUAUUUAUUUCUAUAAAUUAUAAACAAAAUGAAAAUAAGCAAAUAGGAAGCAUUAUCAAAAUGGAUGAUACAACAUAUGGCAUAGUUUUACAAUUAAAUAAAAAAGAUACUAUUAUUGGUAGAAUAAAAAAUAUAAAGAAAGAAUGUAUAGAAAAUUUAUGUGAAACAGACUUAGGAAAUAUGGAAGAUAAUAAAAUGGGACAUAAAAAUGUGUAUUCUCCAUAUGAAUAUCUAAAUUAUCUAUAUUUAAAAAACUGUGAAAAAAUUAACAUAUUUAAUAUGAAUAAUAAAGAAAUAUUUAAUAAAAGGGUAAUAACAAAACAGUUAUACACCAAUAAUUUAUUAAUUGAUUUAUUUUAUAAAAUUAAUUAUGGUCAAAAAAUAUGUAUUAUAGGAGAAAAAGACCAAGGAAAACAAAAUUUAUUAAAUUCAAUUAUUUAUGAAAAUUUACUUGUUAAUUUGAUUAAAGAAAAUGAAAAUUUUUUUAUUAUAUGCUCAACUAGCCAAAAAUCAGAAAUAGUAAGUAUUUUUCAAAAAUUAUAUGAACAAUUCAGAAAAAACGAAAAUUGGCUAGAUGAAAAUGGUGAAAAAAAUAAUGAUGAUCAAAGAUAUCAAGAAGAAACUAAAAUAGACAAAUUAUAUUCAAAAAAUUAUACAUAUGAAAAUAUAAAAAUUCCAAAUGAUAUAUUACUAAUAAAUUCAGUACCACAAAAUGAUACAAAAGUAGCAACGUAUGUCUUACCAUUCUUGUCUACAUAUAAUUUACACAUGUAUAAAAAUAUGUACAAAAAUGUUAUAUUAAUAUUUUAUGACGUUGAAAAAUAUAGUACCAUUGUUUUAGAUUUACAAAAAGAGAUGAAUAUAUUAAUAAAAAAUUAUUAUGAAAAAAAAGAAAAUAUCAAAAUAAGUAGCGAAAAAUAUGCACACAAUAUUUCAACAUUGCCUUUUUCAAUGUACACAAUUUUAUCCAGAUACCUUUCCUUAAGCAUGUAUCCUUAUAUUAAAUAUAAAAAUGUAAAUGACCAACUUAAAGAUGAUAGUAAACUGUCGAAAAUGGAAAGUGGAAAAAUGGAAAGUGGAAAAAUGGAAAGUGGAGAAGUGGAAAGUGGAGAAGUGGAAAGUGGAGAAGUGGAAAGUGGGAAUAUACAGUCAUUAGAAAAUUUCAAGUAUUCUGAUUUGGUAAAUAUAAAAAAAGAAAAAAAUGAGAAUAGCGAUAUUUCAAUAAAUAGUGCAACAACAUUUUUAUUUUUAGAUAAUAAUGAAAGAAAAGAAAUGAUAGACAUAAAGAACUAUGCAUUAUCCUUAUGUGAAAAUAGUAUAUAUUUAUUUAAAAAUAAAUUAGGAAUAUAUCCUGAAAUAAAUAUAAAUAAUGUUAUUAAAAAUUGUACAAUUGAAAAUAAUAAAAUAUGGGAAUAUAUUAAACAUGAAAUUAGACAAGUUUUUGAUAAAAGAAAAGAAUUGAUAGAAUUAAAUGAAAAUAAAAAAAUUAUGAAUAUAUAUAUAGAUCAUUGGGAAAAUGAAGAUCUUAUUCAUUACAAUAAUAUUUAUUAUAUAUUGAUGUAUAAUAAUUCGAAAAUAUUUAAUUUAAAUACAUUUUAUCAAAUCAUUUUUUUAAAAAUAUUAUUUAGUUAUAAUUUUACAAAUGAAAAUAUAUCACAAAAAACUAUUCAAGCUUUUUAUCAAAAAUUCUUUUAUUAUUAUUUUCGUCAUCGUAAAUAUUUCUCAUAUUUACAUGCCCACUAUUAUACAAAUUUAUCUUCUUUUCAAGAGAAAGAAAAUGCCCAUAAUUUUCUUCAAAAAAUAGAAACUGUUUUGAGAUAUACAAAACCAUAUUUUAGUUAA